CAUGUCUCUCCCAACACGCUUUCCUCGUUAAUAGACGAAGAAAAGAUCAACAAGGAAAAACAAAUCGGACCAGGCGUCUGGACAGAAGUCCAGUGACGUGGCCUGCAGAGGAUCCGCUCAGUCUGCUGAUACACACAACACUUUAAUAGGAUUAUGCUAUAAGAUGUCGGACAACGAACACCCAGCCACUGACAUGCAGGAGAAUAUAAAAGGCCAAAUCCCCAAAGAGUCACCACCACCCUCACAAGACGUGCAGAGUGACAGCUCCGCCGAUGUAGCCCCGACUCGAAAGACGAGGAAGAGACCGGAGAACAAACCACCUCCUGAAGUCCAGGAAAGUCCAGGGACAGCCAGUGUGGCAGAAAAUGCAUCAAAGGCUUCCACACAGACGACUGUAACCCAAGGUGGUUGGGGUAGCUGGGGAAGCUGGGGGAAGUCUCUUCUUUCUACAGCCACUGCCACUGUCACCACCGUAGGCCAAGGAUUGUCUCAGGUCAUCGAGAAGGCAGAGACGUCUUUGGGAAUUCCCAGUCCUACGGAGCUCUCUGGCCAGAUGGAAAAGGAAGAUGACGCAGAAGGCACCAUACCCUCUCCUUCCAGCUCCAGUGAAGGAAAACCGGCAGAAGGAGAUGGGAACGUGUUGGGAAGUGCUAUGGGAAUGCUGUCGUCUCUGUCCAGUGUGGUGCAGAGUACAAGUAAAACGGUAAUAAGUGGUGGACUGGAUGCUUUGGAGUUUAUUGGUAAGAAGACGAUGGAUGUGAUCGCAGAAGGAGACCCCGGCUUCAAAAAGACGAAAGGCCUGAUGAACAGAACGUCCACGUUGUCCCAGGUUUUAAGGGAGGCAAAGGAACGAGAGGAACAGCAGACCGCCAAGGACGUCACCUCGGAAACGGAGAAGAAGGCUCAUUAUGGGAUGCUGUUUGAUGAGUUCCAGGGCCUGUCACAUCUAGAAGCUUUGGAGAUCCUGUCCAGGGAGAGUGAAGCCAAGGUGAAAUCGGUGCUGACCACGUUAUCGGGCGAGGAGCUGACCACUCUGAGAGACGAUCUGGAGCAGAUCAAGGAGUCUUUCUCCCUGAUGGAGUUCGAUGAUGAGGAGGUAGACGAUCCACAAGUCGAUGAUGGUGAAAGUUUUGUUAAGGAACUGACCGAUGCUCUUAAAAAGCUUCACAUAUCCACAACAGCAGAGAGACUUGGCAAGGCUAGGAAGAAUGCAUUUGACCGUAUUAUGGACAUGAAGAUCCCAAGUGAAGCAAAGCAGCAGCAGGAAGAUGGCAGUGAGCACGAGGCCACGGUGACCAGGUGCACUGUUGAGGACGUUCACUUCUCUGCCAUAACAAGCUUGGCAGAGCUCACAGCCAGAUCCAUUGAGCAGUUCCACAAGGUGGCAGAGAUGCUUCUUCAUACCAGCACUGAUGGAGUCACUGCUCUGGAGCAAGCCAAAGUCCUGGCACAAAUCACAGUUGUUCUCUGUAAGGAGAUAUCAGUGCUGUCGAAAAAAUUCACAGCUUGUUUAGCUACAGUUGGGUCAAAUGAAAAAGGAGAAGUGCUGAAUCCAUUAAUCACCGGAGUUUUCCUGGAGGCCUCCAACAGUGCUUCCUAUAUCCAGGAUGCGUUCCAGCUGUUAAUGCCAGUGUUAGAGGUGUCUCACAUCGAAAGUACAGCAGACUCGAGUCACUGAUAAACAAUCAACACUCUUCUGUGCCAAAUAGGAAUUUAGAUGGAAAUAAGGAACAAUACCACAUACCACAGCUUGUAGAUUCAGUAGAUUCUAUUGCUGUACCUUUUUUGGAGUAACAUGAAACAAAACGGAUUUUUAUUGUAUUCAUUUUACAAGUAAAAUAUUAUUAUUGGGGAUUUUCUAAUUUCCUAAGAUGUUAAUGCUUUUGUCUUAUGCAUAACUCUGAUCAUUUUGAAGCUUUAUGCAGCCUCAGCUGUUAACCCUAUAAAAAACAAUUUUUUACAAACAAUUCUAAUCACAUUGAUAAAGAACGUGUCAGUAUUGCUUUGAUCUAAAUGUGUUUACAGUACAAGAACUGUAGAUUUUAAAGAAAUAUGUCAUGUAACCUCUUAUUUAAGCGCUCUAGUCGUUGAUAUGUUGCGAUUGAAUGAUACGAUCCUCAUGUUGAGGUUCUGUUCUGCUGUGGUGAUGGAUCAAGGACGCUAUCUCUUAGAUAGUUAAAAAUAAAAGCAGGUUCUGCAUGCAGUAUCGUGUGGUGUGAUCUCUACACUUUUAAGAAAUAAAAGGUUCUUUCUAGCA